CCGCCCACAAAAAGCCACAGAUAUCUAUCUGUCUCCAGAUGCAAUUAUACAGUGCAACUAUAAAGAAUGGACAUAAAAUAGUGCUAUUUAUAAGGGGUGUUUUUGCAUGAAGAUCGUUGGAAAGGCUUGUUCUAGGCUACUUAGCGACAGAAACAGCAGCGGCAGAAAGAGAGGCGAGAGAGAGAGGGGUGUUGGGUAAAUGAAAGUGGGUGGGCCUAACGCGAACACACACACUACCAACUUCGAUCAGGAUACGUUUAUGCAAACACUUGAUUUUUUUUCUUCAGUUAAUAGAAUUUUACGCGCGACGGUUGUUAAAGUGUGUUUUCGGUUGGUUUUGAGGGGCUUCGGGCGCGGACAACGGACUCUUCCCCGUUAUAACGGGAGGUUUGAUUGUUGCUCGAGCUUGGUACCGCCCUUCCUGGCGGGUGGGUGGUUUCGGUGCUAACCGGAGCGACGCCACAGCCCCAGCGCGAGCCAUUCGCGGAGAAAAUAGGCCGUCCUUCCCCGGUGCUUCAGCCGGCCUUUCUCCCGUAGCCUCUCCUCUCCGGUUUAUGAAUGCGUUAUGAGUGAUCAGAAGACUGAAGUGUCAGGAUCAGAAGAAGGGAAACCAGGCAAGAAAGGCAAACGUUCCGGAUCACAGGAUUCCCAGACGUCUCCUCUAGCCCUGCUGGCUGCAACCUGCAGUAAGAUAGGAGUUCAGGGAGGAGUGGAGGGACAGGUGCAGGGUGGACAGUUCCAGGGUCAUAUAGUUGUCGACGCAGCAGGUAAUCAGACUCUGGUUCAGCAGCAGAUGGAACUGGUUCCUGCCCAGUUCACUGGAAACGGCUGGCAGAUCAUCACUACUGCUCCCCAAAUGGCCAAAGACACUGCCAAUCAACCCGUCGCCGUGACGCUGGCCACCACUUCAGCCAAUGACAGUGCUCCGGCAGGCCGUAAGAUGAAGGCUGUGGGCGGGACUAACACCGUAGCAGCCAAUCAGCAGGUGCAGCAGCAGCAGUUCCAGAUCAUCCAGGUGCAAAACAUGCCGUCGUCUGGGGGUGGGGUCCAAUACCAGGUGAUCCCCCACCUGCAGACGGCCGACGGCCAACAGAUCCACAUCAGCCCCCAGACUGCAUCCCUGGGGGGCCAACAGAUCCACAUCAGCCCCCAGACUGCAUCCCUAGGAGGGCAGCACAUUCACAUCAGUCCGGCCCAGGGGGGUCUACCAGAGCAGGUCCAGCUGAUCCAGAACCAAUCCCAGACCCAGGCAAUCCUACAGCCAGCCAAUCAGCAAGCCAUCCUCACUAGUUCAGCCAAUCAGACGUUGCAGCUUCGUUCCGCCCAGUCCUUCCCGUUGCAGAUGCAGACGUUACAGGGCUCCCAGACCCAGGUCAUGACUACAGUACCCAUAAACAUCGGCGGUAUGACCCUCGCCCUGCCGGUCAUGAAUAAUUUAGCAGGGAGCGGAGCCGUACAGCUUGUCCAAUCAGCCGAUGGUAGCUUUACCGUAGCUAACGGCAACCAGCUUGUAACGACAACUGCAGCGGCGGUGUCCGGGGCAGUUACUGUUACCGGGUCGUCUGGUGGUACUAUAACAACUGUUGCCGGGGGGGAUGGAGCGUCGACAGACGGAACACAGCUGAGUUCUGUAGGGUCGGACGGAGGUACGGAGAGAGACACACAGAACCAACCCAGCGACCAGGACUCUCAGAUGGUCCAGAGCCAGGCCAACGGACUGCAGGUCCAAUCAGAUCCUCCAGGGACCAUCCAGCAGGUCAUCGUGGGACAGAUGGGCAACCAGUUGUUGCAGCAGAUCCAGAUCCAACCACAGCAGAUCACACAGGCCCAGAUCCAGCCACAGAACCAGUUCCAGGGCCAGCAGAUCCAAACCUUUCAGUUAGGACCAGGCGGGACCCUACAGCCCAUACAAGCCUUCCAGAACCAACAGGUUCUGAUCCGAACCCCAACCCUCUCUCCGUCGGGGCAGAUCACGUGGCAGACCCUGCAGCUCCCCGGGGGAAUGCCUGUGGCCCAGCAGCUGACCCUGGCCCCUGUGGGCGGGGGGGGAUUCAUGCAGCUGGGGGGGGCUCCCCUGACGCUGAGCACAGCCCAGAUCAACCCUGGGUCGGGGGUGCAGACAGUCAGCAUUGCUGGGCUGGGCACCACUGGGGUACAGAUGCAGGGGGUACCCCUCACCUUCACUGGACUACAGGGUCAGCCGCAGGGUCAGGAGGGAGGAGUUAAGGUCGAGCCAUCCCCGGUGACGGUAACCGCGGGUAACGUUGCGGGGUCAUCGCUUAGUCCAGACCAGAUGGGUUCUGUCCAGAGUUCAUCAGACCAGGAAGGACCACCCAGCAAGAGGCUUCGCAGGGUGGCGUGCUCCUGUCCGAACUGUAGGGCCGGAGAGGGGAGGACCAUUGGAGACCCAUCUAAGAAGAAGCAACAUGUGUGUCACAUGGAGGGCUGUGGAAAGGUCUACGGUAAGACCAGUCACCUGAGAGCUCACCUCCGCUGGCACACAGGAGAAAGACCCUUCGUCUGCAACUGGAUCUUCUGUGGCAAGAGGUUCACACGCUCGGACGAACUGCAGAGACACAGACGGACACACACAGGAGAGAAGAGGUUUGAGUGUCCAGAGUGCAGUAAGCGUUUCAUGCGUAGCGACCACCUCUCCAAACACAUCAAAACCCACCUGAACAAGAAGGGAGGGGCUUCUCUCGCCAUCAUCACCACCGACGACAUGGAAAAUUCUAACCAGGGCUUAGGCUCCUCCCCUCGCAUCGUAACUAUGGCGACGCUCUCCCAGGACUCCGCCCCCGCCACGCCAACGGCCUCCUCGCCGAAUCAAAUGGAGGGAGAAGAGGAGGAAGAGGAGGAGUUUGAGUAGUAACCAGUGGCCACUUCCUGUGAGAGGAAGAAGCAGGGAGGGCUGACUUCCAGGUUGGUCUCCAUGGUUACGCUGUGGCGGUCAGGUGGUAGAUUCUUUUUAUUAUUAUUUAUUUGUUUUUGAAACGGACUCAAACAGAAGACAAAUAUGAUUGACUGAAAAUGACAAACAGAGAUCUGAUUCUAAACUAAUAAUUGAGUCUAACAACAGUCUCUAAAGGUGUGAAUUUGUAGAAUGGUGUUUAAUAACAGAACAGAGGUCAGAAGAAAAGGCUAAUCUGAACUCGCACUCUAUCCCCUAUAUAGUGCACUACUUUUGGCCAGAGCCUUCUGAGUAGUUUGUUAUGUUAGGAAGAGGCUGUCAUUUUGGAUAGGUUUAUUAGACUAGCACAAAACAGUUGUAAAACAUCAAGAAGAGACAUUGGAUGUGUCCCAAAUGGCCAGGGUAACAUUUGGAACGCAACAAUCUCUAUGCACAAAGAUGUUCUGUAACUAUGGUGAUGAGGAUGAUGAUGAAACAUGAUAUGUGGCGUGGUCUAGACUGUUGACAGACAGGUGAGAGGAGCUGGGGUGUGUGUGUGUGUGUGUGUGUGUGUGUGUGUGUGUGUGUGUGUGUGUGUGUGUGUGUGUGUGUGUGUGUGUGUGUGUGUGUGCGUGUGUGUGUGUGUGUGUGUUUCAACAGGACUAUAGUUCUAGUAAAGAAGAUCUGAUAGGCAGAAGAAAGACAAUACAAGGAGGAAUAGACUUUUAAAAGAGUAGAGAAAAGCAGAUUUAUAAAUGAUGCAUUCCUAGAAAGAAACGCUUGGCAUUUUAAAUAUUUGUUUCUAUAAAACUACCAAUCGAGCUUUCUUUCUCCCAACAGGCUGUUUACUGAAAGCAAUACUAUAAGACAAUCCUAGUGAAACCAUGUUUACAUUAAAGAGAGGAAAAGGAAAGGUUUAUUUUGGUAUGAAACAGCCAGUCAGCUCACAGCGUUCAAGGUAUACUGACGUCGUCAUACACAGUGACUUCCUGCUCGAUGAUGUCAUAUUGCUGAGUGCACCUUUUAAGAUGUAGCUCUGCCAGGCUUGGUGGGUGGGUAGGACAGUGCCGGUAAGCAGCGCUUAUGUCAAAACACCGUGUGUCUCCCCCCCCCUCCCUAGACACUCAGAGCAGCAGAUAUUGUCACAUCCCGUUAAGAGUACAGCAGUGAUGUGACUCGAUCAUCGGACCUUAAUACAUGUAGAAACUCAUAGAAAAGAUCAAUGUCUGAGGUCAAUGAGAUACAUUCCAGUAUUGAGACAUAUUCCAGAUACACAACAUGACCAAAAGUAUGUGGACACCUGCUCGUCGAACAUCUCGUUCCAAAAUCAUGGGCUUUAAUAUGGAGUUGGUCCCUCUUUGCUGCUAUACCAGCCUCCAGUCUUCUGGGAAGGCUUUCCACUAGAUGUUGGAACAUCGCUGCGGGGACUUGCUUCCAUUCAGCCACAAGAGCAUUAGUGAGGUUGGGCGAUUAGGCCUGACUCGCAGUCGGCGUUCCAAAGGUGUUCGAUGGGGUUGAGGUCAGGGCUCUGUGCAGGGCAGUCAAGUUGGCGGUGCCGUUCUGUGAGUUUGUGUGGCCUACCACUUUGCCGCUGAGCCGUUGUUGCUCCUAGACAUUUCCACUUCACAAUAACAGCACUUACAGUUGACCGGGGCAGCUCUAGCAGGGCAGAAAUUUGACGAACUGACUUGAAAAGGGUAGCAUCCUAUGACGGUGCCACGUUGAAAGUCACUGAGCUCUUCAGUAAGGCCAUUCUACUGCCAACGUUUGUCUAUGGGAGAUUGCAUGGUUGUGUGCUCGAUUUAAUACACCUGUCAUCAACGGAUGUGGCUGAAAUAGCCACUAAUUUGAAGGGGUGUCCACAUACUUUUGUGUAUAUAUAGUGUAUCUAUUAGUCCUAUUUCAAGUCAUUAGAGAUAAUCCAUUAACUGUAACAGAUUUGACAUUGGCGCUGCUUCCUCUGCAUUGCGAAGGCCCCCUGUGUGUGAGUCCUGGUACUACGCCUUAACACAAGCAGUACCUUCCCCCCCCCCCAUGCUCACUUCUGCUUUCUGUGUGAUGGACAGAGAGAGGACGCAGGAAGACAAGGGGUGAUGGAUGGGAAAGAAGGGGGUUGUGGGAGGUGGGUAAUUCUAUUUGCUUUUUGACAUGUUUCUGCUGAUGUUGGUCUAUGUUAAUGUCGGUGCGUACAUAUUCUGUUCUCACAUUUGUUUUGUUUUUUGGGGGGGGGGCUUUUUAUUUUCUUAACCCCCCCAGUAUGUUCUGACACAGAUGAUUUACUGUGUCCAGCUAAUUUAUUAUUUGCCCUGUGUUAAUACCUGCCUUUUGCUGGAGUGUAUUGUAACCUACGCAUUGAUCAGAGGUGUAGCAUGCUGUGUUUCAGUGCUGUUUUCUCUUCUUUUUAUUUAUUUUAAACGUGUUUUUCUACGUCCAACUAUUCCCCGUCAUUUAUACUACUUUCUCGCGCCAUAAUAUGUUUAAAAAAAAAAAAAGAUUAAAGUAAAAAAAUAAAUAAUGAAAUGGUUUAUAUACCAAACAGACGUGGAUGUUUUUGGUAAUAUUUUGUGUGACAACCAGUUUUCUUUAAUAUUUUCUAGUGACAUCUCAUUUGUAUAAGGUUUUCUAAGCUGCUGUUGGAUCUCGAUGCUGGCCUCCAAGGCUGCAGGUUCUUCACUGUUGAUAUUCUAGUGAUAUUGUAUUGACAUUUUUAAAUCAACUUUGUACAAAACAUGUUAUGUGACUUGGAUUUAAAGUAGUGAAAAGAGAACAAAAAUUACUUUGCUUGCAUAACAUUUAAAAUAAAGUGAUUAAAAUCAGUCUCAA